AUGGAAAAGUCUGGAGAAAGUUUACAUUAUCCCCCUUACCCUUUCACAGUACAGGAGGAUAUGGUUGCAGUUGCACAGAAAUUGGAUGAUCUCGUCCAAGUGAUAGAGGAUUUCUCAGACAAUUCGAAGAGCUCUACAUUCGUGAAAUUACAGACGAAACUUAAUCAUGUUUUAGGACGUCUAGAUAACAUGGCCUGCUCCAAGGCUGAUGAAUUCAAGCAACGAGGGCUUUUGGUGGCCCAAACUUUAUCUAUGAUUAACAAGUUGAACACGAAGGCUACCCAGGCUGAAGGAAAAAUCGAACCUAUUCCCCCAAAUUUAUGCGUUCUUCAAGGAAGUAUACAGGCUGCGGCCUUGCCUGAUCCUUUUGCUGGUGCUGCUGCUCAGAUGCCGAUUGGCACAAGUACACCAAAUACCUCCAAUACAGUUGGACCUAGUAACAUAAAGCCCAUACUACCUCACAAAUGGGGAAUCAAAUUUGCUGGAGAUAAGAAGAAAAUGUCAGUUACAGCAUUUUUUGAACGAGUGGAAGAGCUGAGGCGAGCAAGAAACGUCACAAAGGAGAUAUUGUUGGAAUCUGGAAUUGAUCUUUUCGAGGGGAGAGCAUACGAGUUUUAUCAGGAUUGUCGAGCAGAGGUCCAGACUUGGGACGAGUUAGUAAAUAAAUUUAAGGAGGAGUAUCAACCACCCUUCUAUUCCGAGCAUCUCUUGGAGGAAAUAAAACGAAGAACACAGGGCCCGGACGAAUCGAUAGGGACCUACAUGGCUAUAAUGUCAAGAUAUUUUCAAAGAUUACAUUGUCCAAUUUCCGAAGAGGCUAAACUAGCAAUUCUGAUGAGAAAUAUCUCUCCAUUUUACAGGAAUCAAUUGGGAGCUCUCGAAAUUGAUAACAUUGCUCAGUUGAAAAUGUUGUGUAAACGGAUAGAAUAUAGAAUGUCCCCUGCUGAUCCUGGUCCGUCAUCCCGAAGAAAUUGUUCUUUAGAGCCAGACCUUGCCUAUGUUAAAUUAGAGGAACAGCUUUCAGAAAUGGAUAUUUCAGGAGCAAGCACUGAGAUAGGUGGAACUACUGAUUCAGUGAGGCAGAAGGAGAUUAUUUGUUUCAACUGCAAUAAGGCGGGACAUAAGGCUAUUGGAUGCGCUGAAAAGAGAAAGAUUUACUGUUAUGGAUACUUUAUCUUGGACCACGCCGUUGGGGAUGAGAGGCCAUAUUUGAAGGUGGAUAUACUGGGUUAUGAAAUGUUGGGACUACUAGACUCAGGUGCAUCAAGGACUUUUGUUGGAAGAAAAGGUUGGGAGAUUUUAAAAAAGUUACAGUUAAAGCUUAAUACAGAAUUCACAACGGAUUGCAGAGUGGCAAAUGGUCAGAGAGCAAAGAGCAUAGGAACUGUUGAGGUACCGGUUAAACUGAGAGACAGAGUAAAGAUUGUUGAAAUGCUUGUUGUGCCUGAUAUUCCUCAUACGUUGAUCUUGGGAUAUGAUUUCUGGGUUGUUAUGGGUAUCAUCCCUGAUUUGAAACAUAAUGAAUGGCAUUUUGCAGAAAACCCUAAUGAUUUAUGUAGCAUGGAACUGAAUAAUUUGCAUGACAGUUUGAAUGACGAGCAGAGGAAACGACUAGAAGAGCUGGUACACGAGCAUCGACAAACUAUGGGAGAUGGGAUAGGUUGUACGAACAUGGUUGAGCAUAAAAUUGAGACCACAUCACAACCUAUAAGACAAAGAAGUUAUCGAGUUUCUCCUGUACUACAGAAGGUGAUUGAAGACGAAGUUAAUGUAAUGUUGGAGCAAGAUGUGAUUGAGCCGUCAAAUAGCCCCUGGGCUUCCCCAGUUGUCCUGGUCAAGAAGAAGAACACUGAUAAAUACCGAUUCUGUGUCGACUUUAGGAUUUUGAAUAGUAAAACCGAACGCGACAGCUAUCCUCUUCCUCUGGUUUCAGAAACACUGGACAAACUCAGAGAUGCGAAGUAUUUAUCCACUGUUGAUGUGAAGAGUGCGUAUUGGCAGAUUCCUAUGGAAAAAUCGUCGAAGCCCCUUACUGCAUUUAUUUGCCACAAGGGACUAUUUCAGUUUAAGAGAAUGCCGUUUGGUCUGCACAACGCUGCAGCGACAUGGCAGAGAUUCAUCGAUACGGUCCUGGCAGAUUUGGCACCCUUUGUGUUUGUUUAUUUGGACGAUAUCGUGAUUGUGACUCAAACGUUUGAGGAACACCUUAGAGUUUUAGAGGAAGUCCUUAGAAGGCUCAAGAGCGCAGGCGUGACUAUCAGUUGGGACAAGUGCCAAUUCUGUCGUCCGGAAAUGAAGUAUUUGGGAUAUGUGAUCGACCAACAAGGACUGAGAGUAGACCCUGAUAAGGUGAGGGUUAUGCUAGAGUUGAAACCUCCAACAUCGGUGAAAGAAGUCAGAAGAAUCAUUGGCAGCUUCUCGUGGUAUCGUCGAUUCAUCCAGGACUUCUCUACUAUAAUGACUCCAAUUACAGCAUUGACAAAGAAAAAUAAGAAGUUUGAAUGGAAUUCGGAGUGUGACAUCGCUUUUAAAAAGGUAAAAGAACUGCUGGUAAGAGCGCCGAUUUUGAGCUGUCCUGAUUACACUAAAGAGUUCUUAAUCGCCACGGAUGCUUCUGGAUAUGGGAUUGGAGCUGUACUAUAUCAACCUCAUGACCAGGGAGACAAGGUUAUUUGUUAUCUAAGUCGAUCACUAUCCAAACAAGAAAGGUUAUACACGACAUCGGAAAGAGAAAUGCUUGCUGUGGUAUGGGCCAUACAGAAGCUUCGACCUUAUAUCGAAGGUGUUCCCUUUACAGUGGUAACUGACCAUCAUUGUUUGAAAUGGCUACUGAAUUUGAAAGAUCCAACUGGUCGUUUGGGUCGUUGGUCCAUUAAACUGCAGAUGUACGAUUUCAAAGUUCAGCAUCGAAGUGGACGUGAAAUGGCUCUUCCAGACAUGCUGUCUAGGACCAUGCCUGUGUUGGAUGAAGUAAAGACUGGAGGAGGCUCUGAACAUAAGGUGGAAGACAAAUGGUAUAACAGGAUGGUGAUGAAAGUGGAGAGAGUACCGCUGAAGUUUCUUAGCUGGCGCAUACAGGAUGGCAGAUUAUAUAAAUAUGUGAAACAAGACUAUCCUGAUCUGCUAGUAAAGGAAGAUUUCUAG